AUAAGGGGGUGCUGUAGACAAAAUUAUUCUUACUAUUCUAUUUGUCAAUUAGAAUAUUAUGUACAGCUUUUUGAGCAACCAACUUCAGAAAAACAAAGUAAGCCAACUUUAAAACUAUUAUUUUAACUAGUUGCAGAUUCUUGCCUGCCUAUUUAAGCAGUUCUCCCCGUGGACAUCAGAUACAUACCAGCAAUUUCUAUUCAGCCUUGUCUCCUCCUUCCCCAUAUUCCACCUUAACUCCCAUUUCUUGAAAAGAAAAGAGGCUUAUACAGUUCUCUUCUCCUGCAUAUUGGCAUUUCUACAACCAUUAUUUUCAGGAAUACUGUGUACAUUUUGUAUUUUUCCACUAACAAUGUUUCCAGCAGCUUUCUACAUUGGAGCCUUAUUGAUUAUCGCCAUUACCAACUGGCUUUACCAUUGGAGGAAUCCCAGGUGCAAUGGAGUCCUCCCACCUGGUUCAAUGGGCUGGCCACUAAUUGGAGAGACUCUUCAGUUCUUUGCUCCUAACACCUCUUCUGAUAUUCCUCCUUUUGUAAAGCAGAGGAUGCAAAGAUAUGGCCCUGUAUUCAAGACUAGUUUGGUAGGACGACCGGUAAUAGUAUCCACAGAUGCAGAUCUUAAUUAUUUCAUUUUUCAACAAGAGGGACAAUUGUUUCAGAGCUGGUAUCCAGAUACCUUCACUGAAAUAUUUGGGAGGCAAAAUGUAGGUUCUUUGCAUGGGUUCAUGUACAAGUACCUUAAGAACAUGGUGCUGAAUCUCUUCGGCCCAGAAAGCCUUAAAAAGAUGCUUCCAGAGGUUGAACAGGCAUCAAACAGGAACUUGGAAAAGUGGACAAGCCAGAGUAUUGUUGAAGUGAAAGAAGCAACCGCAAAGAUGAUAUUUGAACUGACUGCAAAAAAACUAAUCAGUUAUGAUUCAGAAAAAUCCACCGAGAAUCUUAGAGAAAACUUUGUAGCCUUUAUACAGGGAUUAAUCUCCUUUCCUGUGGAUAUUCCUGGAACAGCUUACCACAAAUGCUUACAGGGGAGAAAGAAGGCAAUGAAGAUGCUGAAAAACAUGCUUCAAGAAAGACGAGAAAGGCCUAGAAAAGUACGAACUGAUUUCUUUGAUUAUGUCUUGGAAGAACUUCAAAGGGAGGAUACACUUCUCACAGAGGCAAUUGCUCUCGAUUUGAUGUUUGUGCUACUCUUUGCCAGUUUUGAAACGACCUCCCUUGCACUCACAUUAGCAACUAAAUUUCUUGUAGAACAUCCAUUGGUUUUGAAAGAACUGACGGAAGAACACGAGGCAAUUAUUAAAAGGAGGGAAAAUCCAGAUUCUGGACUAACAUGGAGUGAGUACAAAUCAAUGAGAUUCACAUUUCAGUUCAUCAACGAAACAGUGAGACUAGCAAAUAUAGUACCUGGAAUUUUCAGAAAAGCAAUGAGAGAAACCAAAUUUAAAGGGUAUACCAUUCCAGCAGGUUGGGCAAUCAUGGUAUGUCCUCCAGCUGUGCACUUAGACCCCAAGAAAUAUAGAGAUCCCCUCAACUUCAAUCCAUGGAGAUGGGAGGGAAUAGACACAAAUGGUGCAUCAAGAAACUUUAUGGCCUUUGGGGGUGGUAUGAGGUUUUGUGUUGGAACAGAUUUCACAAAGGUGCAAAUGGCUGUAUUUCUCCACUGCUUGGUAACCAAGUACAAGUGGAAAGCAAUCAAAGGAGGAGAUAUUCUUCGAACUCCUGGUCUACAAUUUCCAAAUGGAUUUCACGUUCAUGUCACUGAAAAAGAUAAAUGAGCAGGGGUUUCAAAUAAAGAUGAUAAGCAGGCAAGUCAUUUGGAUGGCUAAAAGCAUCAAACCAGGCUCCACCUUCCCAAAUGCAGCACCGGUGUACUCAUAAUGCCCACAAAGUCAAGAAUCAACUAAGGAAUCACAGAGGAACAUAAAAGGACCUCUGUCUUUAGAUUAAGCAAUGUGAGGAAAUUUUGCUCUCGAAGAACAAAAUUUUGGUUCAUAUACGUUAUCCAAAGUAGAAAGCAGUAGGUCUAGAAAACAGAGAAAGAAAACCAAAUUCACCCAGAAUAUACAAUACACAUUGUCAGACUAACUAUCAGAUGUUAAUAUAUAAAAUUUAAUCAUUACUCUUUUUGCAUCUGUGUUUAAUUCAUGAGAAUUUUAUUUUAUGUCAUCAACAUUCUACCAUAUGUUCCCCUUACGGUGGUCUCAGGGGAAGGGUGAAAGGUUUUUACACUAGAGGGAUAAACAAAGAAGAAUUAUGAUAGUGACGUUAAUGAGAUAGGUGUUUCAAACUAGAAAAUAGGGCACAAAUUCAGCCAGGGGUGUUUAAUUUUUUUCUUUUCUUUGACUUUGAUGUCUAGAACUAUUGUUCUCUCUUCUGCUGAAUGGAAUCUGUUGUAACAUACCUGAGCUCUUGAGUUGUAUGUUUGUGUUUUCCCUU